CUCACCUAAUAAAACACUCUGUUUUAGCUUUUUUCAGUUAGUGUGAAACACAUUUUCCAACACAGAGUUGACACACAAGUGUUUUGUGUUUGCUUCGUCAGCCAUGGAUCGUAUACAUUUCACGGUUAACGGAAAGAAAUGUUCAGUGGGCAGCGAGGUGACGUCAGACGUGACGUUGCUUGACUACCUCCGGGAGGGGCUCGAGCUGCGCGGCACCAAGUACAUGUGUCGCGAGGGCGGCUGCGGCGCGUGCCUCGUGCUGUGUGGCCGCGGGGACCAGCCAGCGCACACUGUCAACUCUUGUCUGGUGUCUAUAACUUCGUGCCAAGACUGGUCGAUAACUACCACCGAGGAGGUUGGCAAUCGGCAGAAAGGAUACAGUCCAGUGCAGAAGACUCUGGCUGAGCACAACGGCACUCAAUGCGGGUAUUGCUCACCUGCUUGGGUUAUGAAUAUGACCGGGCUUCUGAACAAAAAAGGGUCAGAUCUAACAAUGUUGGAGGUAGAAAACUCAUUUGCAAGCAACAUCUGUCGCUGUACGGGGUAUCGACCAAUAUUGGAAGCAUUUAAAACUUUUGCAAAAGAUUCACCAACUCCAAAUCAGCUCAUAGAUUUAGAGGAUUUGCACAACAUUUGUAAGAAAACAGGAGAUUUGUGUAGAAAAGAAAGCUGUAGCAGUGCUGAUUGGUGUUUUGUAAAUGAGGAAGUUAAUACUAAAGAUGCAAUCAUAAAAAUCAAACUGAAAGACGACAAAUACUGGUAUAAGGUGUAUAAUGAAAAGGAUUUGUGCAAGAUUCUUAAUGAUUCUGCAGGAAAAUCGUACAUGCUGAUUGCAGGAAAUACUGGAAAAGGUGCUUACCCAAUAUUUGAAUACCCUGAGAUCCUCAUUGACAUCAGCGACAUUCCAACAUUAAAACACUAUGUGAUAGACCAGAAUCUGGUCCUUGGAGCUGGGAAUACCCUUGCAGAGUGCAUGGAGAUUUUCGAUAAAGUCUCCACCGAAGAAGGUUUUAGCUAUCUCCGCAUACUCAGAGAACAUUUGGAGUUAGUAGCUCAUAUUCCUGUACGAAACAUUGGAACUAUUGGUGGAAAUCUGAUGUUGAAACAUGAACAUAAUGAUUUUCCUUCUGACCCUUUUCUUUUACUUGAAACGGUCGGAGCAAUGAUUAAAAUAGUAAACUGUGAAGGAAGAGUUGAAAAUGUUACACCUCGAGAGUUUCUGAAGGUCAAUAUGAAUCGCAAGCUAAUCACCAAUAUUUUGCUACCACCCAUGGGAGAUGAAUAUGAGUUACUCACGUACAAGAUAAUGCCCAGGGCUCAAAAUGCUAUUGCCCGUGUCAAUGCUGGCUUCCUCUUCAAAAUGUGCACUAUUAACACGGAAACCAUUAGAAAAGCUACCAUUGUUUAUGGCAAUAUCAAUACAAGAUUCAUUCAUGCCCGCAAAACAGAAGACUUUUUGAAAAAUAAAAAGCUCUACUCUAAUACAACGUUACAACAAGCUUUGAGAAUACUAAGUGACGAGCUCUUAACUGAAGGAUAUCCAGAAGAAACACGAAAAGCUAAGAAAAAGAUUGCUCUUGGACUUUUUUACAAGGCGAUUUUAUCUAAAUGCCCUUCUAAAUACAUUAAUCCACGUUAUGCAUCUGGCUCUACAUCAUUGCCAAAAUCUAGACCUGUGUCAAGUGGUACCCAGGUGUACGAUACUAAUAAAAUUGUAUGGCCACUCAACAAGCCAGUUACAAAAUUGGAAGCAUUGAUACAAUGUUCUGGGGAGGCAGAGUACAUAGAAGAUACUCCUAAAAUACCUGGCCAAGUGUUUGCUGCUUUUGUCUUGAGUACUGUUCCGGUCGCACAAAUUGGUGAAAUAGACACAUCACCAGCCAUGGCUCUACCGGGAGUUAUUGCAUUCUAUACAGUCAAAGAUAUCCCAGGGUUAAACUCUUUCACCCCACUCGAUACAUUCUUCAAUACUCAGCAAGAAGAAGAACUUUGUGAUGGAAAUGUGAAAUUUCAUGGUCAACCAAUAGGAAUUAUUGUAGCAGAAACAGAAGUGGUUGCUAACCGCGCCUCAAAAUUAGUCAAAAUAAACUAUAAAGAUAUGAAGAAAGCUGUUCUAGGAAUAAGAAAUGCUAUGAAAUAUCCCGAAAGAGUGAGUAUGGCCAAAUCACUGGAAGCAUCUAGUAAAGGCAAUAAUACUACAAAAAUUAUUAAGGGUUCGACUAAUAUUUUUAGUCAAUUUCAUUUUACCAUGGAGACCCAGCUUUGUAUAACAAACAAAAUAGAUGAUAGCAUGGACGUACGUUCAUCAACACAAUGGCUAGAUCACACACAAGUUGGAAUGGCUCGCUGUUUAAAAAUCGAUGAAAACACAAUAAAUCAACGCAUAAGGCGUGUAGGUGGUGCGUUUGGUGCUAAAUUAUCACGCUCUGCCCAAAUUGCAAUAGCCUGUGCACUCGUUACAUUGAAAUUAAAUAGACCUUGUCGAAUGAUCCUACCACUUACUACGAAUAUGAAAGCUAUAGGGAAAAGAUUGCCAGCAUCUUCAGAUUUCGAGGCUGGCGUAAGCAGUGACGGUGAAAUUCAAUAUUUGAAUUACAGUUUGUACGUUGACAAUGGUUACAUGUUAAAUGAACCCUUUAUUACCAUUGGAUUUCCGGCUAUUGGUAACAGUUACGACAAAUCUCGAUGGGAUAUCAAAGACUAUGAUACAACAACAGACACGACCAAAAACUCUUGGACGAGAGCUCCAGGUACAUUUAGCCACAUUGCACUGACUGAAUACAUAAUGGAGCAAAUUUGCUAUGAACUCUCAUUAGACCCAAUAGAUAUGCGGCUAAAAAACUUGACAGACAUUAAAGCUAUGAGAGAAACUAUUGAAACAUUGAGAAAAGACGCUGAGUAUGACAAAAGAAAAGAGCAAGUCAAACAGUUUAAUGAAAGUAAUCGAUGGAAGAAGCGCGGAAUAAGAUUCGUUCCAUUAAUGUGGCCAGUACCUUUGGGAGCCUAUUUUAACGUGGUCGUUUCAAUAUACCACGGCGAUGGAACCGUAGUCGUAGCUCACGGAGGUGUAGAGAUGGGUCAGGGCAUCAACACUAAAGCAGCUCAAGUAUGUGCGUAUAGCUUGGAGAUACCAUUGGAGAAAGUCAAAAUAAAACCUACUAAUAAUGUUGCGAAUCCUAACGCUAUUGGUUCUGGUGGAAGCAUUGCAAGUGAAAUGGUUUGUCUAGGUGUUAUAAAGUGUUGUGAUCAAUUGAAGCAACGUCUUGAACCGUUCAAAACUAGUAAUGGUAUGACGUGGGUUGAUGUAGUGCGUGCAGCUUUCAAACAGAAUGUAAAUCUUUUUGCUAGCUACAAUGUGACUAUCGAAGAUCAAAAAACAUAUGAUGUUUAUGGGGCUACGAUAGUAGAAGCCGAAGUUGAUAUAUUGACUGGAGAAUCACAAAUAUUACGGGUUGAUUUAUUGGAAGAUGUCGGACAGAGUCUGAGCCCUGAAAUUGAUGUUGGACAGAUCGAAGGAGGUUUCAUCAUGGGCCAAGGAUACUGGACAUGUGAGGACCUCGUCCACAACGAAGAAGGAGAGCUGAUCACCGACCGCUCCUGGAACUACCACGUACCGCAGGCUCGGGACAUUCCUCUAGACUUCAGGGUCUACUUCAAAAGGAACAGCUAUAAUCCAAUUGGUGUCCUUGGAUCUAAAGCUACUGGAGAGCCAGCGACGUGCAUGGCGGUGUGUGUUGCGUUCGCCAUAAGACAUGCGUUGGUGGCGUCCAGGACUGACUCCAACCUGCCUUCCACCACCUGGUUUAAUAUAGAUGGAGCCCACACCAUCGACAGAAUCGUUUUGGCCGCAAGCACAAAACUUGAAGAAUUUCUUUUGAUGUAGUACCUAGGUACUUAUCGUUACUUUUUGCAAUAUUUAAAUUAGGAAUUACCAUAUAAACAGGUAUUUUUGACACACGGAAAACACGUUUCUUUUCUGUAAAUCAUUCCUGUAAACAGUAGUGUUAAUUAUCUAAUUAAAUAAGUAGAGUCAAAUAACGCUAUCUUUGAAAUGGGUAAAACACGCUUCAACGAUAAAUAAAAAAUAUCAGUAUUUUAUCUGAAAGGUAGCUCUAAACUAAUCAAGUAGGUAAGUCGUACCAUGUCAAUGUUAGAAGUUUCAUUUUUUUUUGUUGACGUUAGCACUUGUUUUUAUUACAAAGAUAACGUUGUCAACUUUAAUGUCGGAGCUAUAUUUUCUAGCAAAACUAACAUAUACCUAUAACUUGCAUAAUAUAUAACUCAUGUCAUCCGGUCCAUCAAUUCUAUUGCUCGGAAAAUCACUAUUUUGAUGAAUCGGCAUGAAAUGGGGUUUAAUCGUACCGGGUUUAUGUGCACAAUAAACACCAGGCCGAUUAGAUUGGUGGUUUCCAGUGGUAAUUCAAUUGAAAUUCAAUUAAGUAAGUUACGGGUUAUUGACAUUGCUAACGAAAAUAAUCAUUAUCGUUUAUGUAAGAUUAAGGGCUGAUUUUUCAAUAGCCAGAUAAAAGUAAUUUGGGGAAUAAUUAUGAUACUGUCGCGACUGAAUAUUUGUAUUAGACAGUGACAGCAACAAUUUUAUUUGACAGAUAACAUUUAUCUGACUAUUCAAAAAUCAGUCCUUACUGUCAGACACAGAAGUAAUAAGUAUAACGAUGGUGUGAGCAGUUUACAACUUUACGAGUAAAUCAUACAAGGUAUUCAAAUGUCAAAACCACUAUACGAUUUUAUAAAGUACUUAAGUGUAAAUAUAAUUAUGCAAAUGUAUUUUUAAAAAUAAAAAUAAUAAACAUUUAUUUUAACACCGAUAAAAUUUGUUAAUAACAUUAACAGUAUUUAGUAAACAUUAACAAGGAAGGUCCAAAAGCUACAUUUCCGUGCAGUGUCCGCGGCAUAUCGGGGCCAUAAUUUACACGGCUCUUUCCGCAGCGCGCGCCAAAAGCACAUUUAGAUCACUGAAAAUCUGUCGAAAAGGAAAUGAAUUAUGGCUGUUAUUUACCAAAGAGAUGACAUUCCUUGAAGCGGACCAUUUAUUCCUAAUGGACCGAAGAGGCUACAUAUCAUCUGUUUGGCUGCACCCCAGCCUUUCG